AUGCCGGUGACCGCUCUGGUCGCCGCUUUCUUCGUACUGAUCCCUGCGCCGUAUUACUUUCGGCCAUUAAACAUUCCGGUCGCCUCGAUACUCGCUUGGCUAUUCGUGCUGGACGUCGCGUUCGCCGUCAACUCCAUAAUAUGGGCUGGCAACGUGAACCCAACAGCACCAACCUGGUGCGAGAUUACAUCGCAUAUCAUUGUUGCUGCCUCGGUAGCGAUACCUGCGGCUUCUCUGUGUAUCAAUAGGCGCCUUUAUAGAAUCGCAUCCAUCUCGAAUGUGCUUGUAACGAAAGAGCAGAAACGACGCGACGUCUACAUCGACCUUGCGAUUGGUCUCGGAAUUCCACUCAUUCAGUUGCCCAUGCAAUACAUCGUCUCCGGACAUCGCUUCGACAUAUACGAAGACCUUGGAUGCUAUCCCUUCACGUAUAACACUCCCGUGGCAUAUCCACUUUCGGAGUUGUGGCCCCUUGUCAUCGGCCUCGUGUCUGCAAGCUACGCUUUUCUCACUCUUCGGGCGUUCUUCCAACGCCGCGCCCAAUUCAGCGCUUUCACGUCCUCGACGUCCGCUAUGAGCAUCAGUCGCUACUUCCGCCUGAUGAUACUGGCCGGGAUGGAGAUUCUGGUCACCGUCCCGCUCUGCAUCUACGGCACCUAUCUCAAUCUCCGACCCGGGAACCUCGCACCUUGGAUCAGCUGGGCGGACACCCACGCGCAUUACUCUCGAAUACACCAGAUCCCGUCCGUGAUCUGGAGAUCCGUACCCGCUUCCGAAAUCUCCAUUGAACUCUUCCGCUGGAGCCUCGUCUUCUGCGGCUUCGUAUACUUCGCCCUUUUCGGCUUUGCCGAUGAGGCGCGUAAGCACUAUCGUGCGGCCUUUUGGUGGAUCGCUAAGCGGUUCGGCUUGUCCCCUAAGUCGCGCAACGACAGCAACCAUUCAUACUCCGGUUCCACGCUCCCGACAUUCAUCCAUCCAUCGAAAUCCGACUUCGGUUCCAGUCUCUCGCAAACGCACGUCGGCGCUGAUUCGCUCGACUACAACCACGAUUCACCAUACCACAAACACGUGAACGAUUCUUCCGCGCUCUCG